UAAUAAUAACAACAUAAACAUGCCGUUGCAUUUCACCAUUAAUAUUCCUACUGAAACUGAAGAAACUCGAAUUUUUGAAGAUUUCGUACGUAGAGAUGCCGAAAUUCGUGCUGCUCGUCUUAACGCAAGUUUUAUGGAAACUUUCACUCCACCACCACAUCUGCGAGAAAAAUUUCUAGAACAAACAGCAAACGCGGAAGCGCAUGCACAAAUAAGCAGUGUUCCUACCUCUAAGGUAAGCAGUACCACAUCUGUGAAGAAUAGAGGCUCUAAGCCUACAGUGCCCCGCUCUGAUGCAAAGCCUGCUGUAUAUAAAGCACCGCCAAAUUCUUCCAGUUCUAUAGUGGAUGCAGCGUUAAACAUUCGUGAUUCUAUAUGUGAUAAUAUACUCGAUAACCAGCUUUUACUGAAGAAUAAGGCUAAGGUGGAAACAACUCCAAAUAGUUUACAAAUUCCUACCGAUUCGCCUAUGGAAGUUGUUAUGCGUGCGUUGAUAAAAAAAUUUAAUCUUAAAGCUGUAUGGAUUAAGGAUGUCGAAGGGCGCACAUAUCAGAUCUCAUUUUUGACUGAUGGAGACGAAACUUAUGACGAAAUUAUUGCUGCUGUUCAUGAGUGGGGUAUAGGCGAGCGCGAUGGUUCAUCGAUAGUUGUCAAUAGCUGCAUAUAUACAAAAACGUCUUUUAAAAAGAAGGAAAGUACUGAUGAAGUGACACAAGUUAGGCUUAAUGCUAAGAAGCAAGGUAUAUGGAGCACAUUCAUGAACUCGGUACGAAGUCGUCUCAAUGUUGCAGAAGUUGUGCGUCGUGUCAACGAUGAUGUCAAAAUAACAUUUGAUUUUGUGGUUAUGCUUAUAUCUGCAUCCGUACUAGCGUCAUUCGGACUGUUUGAGGAUAGUCCCAUAUAUUUGGCCUCCAGCAUGCUAAUAUCGCCAUUGAUGGGACCAAUAAUUGCCUCUGUCUUUGGCACAGUUAUUAAGGAUCGCAAAUUAUGCAUAUUGGGCCUGCGGAAUGAACUGAUUGGCUUAUUUUUAGCAACAGCAGUCGGUUUUUUUUUUGGUUGUAUAAUUUGUUUGUUUGGAGAGGAGUUUGUCAGUACGCAUGCAAUAACCCAAGAAAUGGCGUCUCGCUGCGAUUUCCAUUCGCUUUUGAUUGGAAUAUUUGCAGCGAUACCAUCUGGAGCGGCAGUAGCGGUUGGAAUUUUGGGUGGUAAUAUAGGUUCAUUGGUAGGUGUAGCUAUAUCAGCAUCUCUGCUGCCCCCUGCCGUGAACGCUGGUAUACUAUGGGCGUUCGGUAGUGCAUACACAUUUUGGCAUCCAGCUGGCGACAUUGAGAAUUUUGUCGUUAAAAGCAGCAAUUAUUUCCGUCAUCAAGGUGCAGAACUGGCGGUUUUGGGGACACUCAGUCUUAGUCUAACUAUUGCCAACAUAAUUUGUAUAUAUACUGUUGGCAUUUUUGUUUUGCGUUUGAAAGAAAUCGCUCCAGAGUACAUCAGUAAAAGCACACAAUUCUGGAGAAAGGAUAUUAAGCUCGCACGUGAAAUUGCUAAUAAAGAUGUAAAUCCUGAUAAUGCCAUCAUGUCGGAAUAUAAUAGGAUGCCACAAGAAGAUAAAAAGUUCCUGGGUAUUGAUUACGACAAAUUGCGUGAUAUAAAUAUAAACGAUAAUUUCUACCUACACACUUGGUCACCAAUAUAUAGUGACCAUUAUUGGGAUAACUAUGAGCCACCGCUACGCAAAAUGUACUCAACCAUUCAUCGCCUCGAGAGAGGUGCCAACAAAUCAAGAUACUGCAGUGUUAAAAUUGGUGAUGACGCCCCAAGCUGUUCCUUUGCUCGUCCAAAAAUGACCUCAUCAACUUCGGACACAAGCACAACGCACUUAGGUAAUUUAUAUCCGGUUGAAAGUCUGAAUGCGCAACCAGCAAACCCAAAGUUUCCCAAAGAAUCCACAUUUUAAUAUACUAACUCUAUACAUUUGUUUACAUAUAUAUUUUAUAUUUUGUUUUUUUUGUUGUAAUGUUCAACUUUAUUUGAAUUGUUUGUUUAUAAGUGUUUUGUAUACAUUUUUGUUAUGGGCAAUGUUAUGGAAUGACGAAGUAAUCAUGUAAGAGGCUGAAGAGAUAUAUUUUUUAUUUAAUUAAUCUAAAAUGUUUGUUUAACGAAGAACGAUAUAAUAUAUCUGAAAAUAAAGCAAUACUCACAAACAA